GCAGUUAGUCUUAUCUAAGCCAGACACACACAUAUACUCGCCUGUGGGGCCACAAUGUAACGAUUUGUGAGUGCUGCUGUGUGUCAGGGGGAACAUUUCUCUGAUGUUUCCGUGUUUUUCUAAGUUCUUGGGGUAUUUAGCCUCUGUGUCCAGCAUGUCUGUGGAUUGGGUAGGAUAUGGGUACGCAGCUCUUAUCGCAUCCGGAGGAGUCAUUGGUUACGUGAAAGCAGGCAGCGUCCCCUCCCUGGCUGCUGGUCUUCUCUUCGGGGGCCUCGCAGGUUUAGGUGCCUAUCAGAUCUCUAAUGACCCCAAUAAUGUUUGGGUGUCCCUAGCUACAUCAGGAGCUCUAACUGGCAUAAUGGGAAAGAGGUUCUAUGGAUCCAGGAAGUUAAUGCCAGCUGGCUUGAUAGCUGGAGCAAGUCUUCUGAUGGUGGGGAAGAUUGGUGUGUCAUUGCUCCAGAAACCCCAGGAGUCAUGAUGGAGGGAAGAUGCUGCUGUGUAUCCCAUCUUCUGCUUCAGGAACAGCCUGUCAGCUUGUCAUUUGUUGUUGAAUGUUAAUAUCAUUUUUGAACGGAUGAAAUAUACUAAAUUGUUUAUAUAAUAGUAA